AUGUCUGUGUCGAGUGACCGUCGCGACAUCAUCAUUGUCGGUGGCGGUAUCAUUGGAUGUUGCUCUGCCUAUUACCUGACACGACACCCUUCUUUCGACCCUUCUCGCCACUCUGUGACUCUAAUCGAAGCAUCCGACAUCGCAGGAGGGGCAUCAGGCAAGGCGGGCGGCCUUCUAGCGCUGUGGGCAUAUCCCAGCAAUAUUGUCCCAUUGAGCUACAAACUACAUGCAGAACUAGCCAAAGAACACAAUGGAAAAGAUAGAUGGGGAUAUAGGGAAGUCGGGUGCGCACAACUGGUCGCUCGAGGCCGCCCGCUCAGCGAGAAGAAAGAGAAAGAUGGUGCUGGUAGCUCCUUAUCGCUGCAGAAACGCAGCGCAUCCGCCAUGGGGAAACUAAAGACCGCAAAGAUACCCCCUGAGCUUGACUGGAUCGAACCGGAGCUUGUCAGAGGCUACGAAAGCAUGAGCGACCCCGGCGAAACUGCGCAGGUGCAUCCGUACCUCUUUACAACGUCAAUCGCCAAGCUUGCGGAGGAGAAGGGCGCCAAAGUGAUACUGGGCUCAGUCACAGACAUCGACUAUAAAGGUGGCUCGGUUAAGUCUGUCACUUACACAGAGAAGGAAACCGGUCAGGCACAAACGAUCCCUGCCACCGACAUUGUUGUGGCUGCUGGCCCGUGGACAAGCUCCAUCCUUCCGGAUGCCCCAAUAUCUGCCAUGCGCGCGCAUAGUGUUGUGAUACAACCCACGAGACCAGCCAGUGCACAUACACUAUUCACCAAUAUUGAAAUUCCAGCCAAUUUCGAUCCCUCGACGAAGUCGCGGCCAACAGUGGCAUCGCCAGAGAUCUACGCCCGCCCUGACAAUACUGUGUAUGCCUGUGGUGAAGGGGACCAAGUAGUUCCGCUUCCUAAAACUACCGCAGACGUUGAGGUCGAUCCACGACGAUGUGAGGAUAUUAUCAAUCAGGUUGGAUCUAUUUCCGAUGCACUUCGGGACGGCGAGGUGAAAGCACGACAGGCCUGCUACUUGCCCAACGUGAAUGCAGUCAGUGGGGGCCCGCUGGUCGGAAAAACUGGGACGAAGGGACUUUAUCUUGCUGCUGGGCAUACUUGCUGGGGUAUUCAAAAUGCGCCUGGCACAGGAAAACUGAUCAGCGAAUUCGUGUUUGAUGGCCGUGCAAAGAGUGCCAACAUUGAAUCUCUGGAUCCAAGAAACGUCCUGUAA